CUUAGCAAAAGAACUGAUUAGAGCUUUGAUGGCAGUCAGACAAACAGGACACUUGAAGUGCCCUAUCUGUUACAGUGUGGAACCCCGUUAGAUUUGUCGGAUAGUGCAGAUAUUUUCAUUCUUAUGGUUCUGACCAGUGAUCUUGCUUUAUACAUUAAUACGUUUUUUUAUAUGGUAUAUAUGAUAAAUAACAAAAAUGUCCUCGAUUCUUCUUCAAUUCCUAUCCUUAUUCUUUUCAGUGCAUUUCCAUUUGCAUGCUUGUAUAUUUAACCCUCAAUUUAAUUUCUUUUAUAGGCUUUUGGGUGUUUUACAGAGCUGUAGAGACAAUUACUUCUGAUGACAUGGUCUUGAUCCAAACAUGUGGAUCCUUUUGCUGUAAGUGGGUGACUGCUGGAAAUGGAAUUAGCAUCUAACUUUAAUAGGAAAUUGACCAUUUAUUAAAGGUAAUUAAAUUGAUAUAACUCGUGGCAUCAUCUUGUAGCAGCAAGGACCACAAGGGCCCUGAUCCUUGCCCCAUAUGUCUUGACCCAGUAAAGGGAGAAGCCUAUUUAGAUAGUUGUUUCCACUCAUUUUGCUACCAGUUGUUCAAUGAUUCAAAGUGGUCUCCAAAAAGCACUCUCAAGCUCUAUCUUCAACCAAAUAUCCUCUUCGCAAGACUAAAAGCUUUUUCUGUAGUUCACGGUUUCAACGGAGAAAAUUUUCUGCAGCAUUACUUUAGCCAAGGUCAUGAGAAAAACAAUUUUUCUAGUGCUCAUGAAUUUAGACUGCAGUGAUAUUAGACUGAUGUAAGAGCCCUGAUGAAUGAAUCUGAUGGUUGUCUGUGUUGGAAGCUUCGUCGACAUAUUAGGAGAUACAUUUGGCUUGAGAAUUGGUUGAAACAAGGAAAUACAGGCUCUCACUCAAGAGGAGGAUGUGGAAAUCAUUCUACAUCAUAUUCAAGGAGCAAUUAAGACUUUCUUCAGAAAGCAGCAGCAGAAUGACAUAUAGAAUGUGAUGCCCGAGGAAAAGCACAAAGCAUUUAGAGAACUGAUUUCUGAUGUCAGAAGGCCUUUUUUGUUUGGGCGAACAGAACACUUCGUGGAUGAGUUGGAAAGUUUCCUGGUUCUCGGUUUAACAAUUGAUGGUUAUGAUGCAGUUUGCUUGCAGAAUUUGCCAGGCAGUGCUACUUCUGCUGACGGAAUAAUGCAGUGCUGAUUGGGACUGCAGAAAUGUGGCAACUUAAGAGGAAUCUAUAGAAUUAAGGGGAAAAUCUCCUUGUGUUCAGGCAGAUUUGUCAAUGAUCAAAUCAAUCUACGUAGGCCAAGGCUGCAUCACUGAAGCAGAGAUUCGCCUCUUGGUUCUCAUUCUUAGUGUGCUAGCUCCCUUUGGCACUCUUCAUUGUGAAUAUGAAGAAGCAGGAAGACAUGGAAAGCAUCUCCAAGGACCCAACAGUCUCCGAUCUGAGCAGCCAACAAAGGGAUAAAUCGACCUUCAAAUUUUAUGCUGGCUCGCGCAGAAAGCUUUCGGGAAAGGCGGCCAAUAUAGUUCAAGGAUUCAUCAGAUUCACCUGCAGUGAUGAUCUCACAAGCUUCGAUACAAAUUACUACAGAUGCAAAAGAGUCACAGAAGCUGUCCUUCCUCUUCUCAAAUGCCCCACUAAAGUUCCUAGAAUUGUCAUCCUCUCUUCUCUCAGAGGAGACCUCAAGAGAAACCCAAUCAGAAGAUCGCAGACAAGCUUAACAAUAUUGAGAAUGUGAACGGAGGAAGUAUGGAAAAUAUAGAGAAAAUAUUUUGGGAGGACAUGAAAUACGAUAAACUUUAAUCUAGCGGAUGGCCAACUAUGAUACCGAUGUAUAGCAUGUCAAAGGUGGCACCCAUUGCAUGUACAAGAAUUCUUGCUAAAGAGUAUCCUCAGAUGUAUAUUAGUUGUGUGCAGCCGGGGUUUGUUAAAACCGAUUUAUAACUUAA